AUGGCUGACACCACGUGGAUGCUGACCCUGCCCUUCCUCAUCCACUACCACUUUGCCGGGCUGCAGUGGGUUUUCGGCAGUGUCAUUUGCAAGAUCGUAAGGUGCAUGUACCAUGCUUGCUUCUACUCCAGCAUCUCCUUUGUGACUUGCAUCAGCCUGGACCGCUACCUAGCCAUUGUCCAUCCUCUGCAUUCAUUCUUCUUACUAAACAUGCGGCAAUCCUUGUAUGUGUGUAUUGGAAUCUGGGUAACGGCCUUGAUAGUCAGCGUCCCCUCAGUCAUCAUGACUUUCAUCAUCCCUUGCUCAAGCAACAAAACUAUUUGCUCCCUCUACAUCUUCUCCUAUGAUACUCACAGGUCGUUGCCCUACACAGCAAUCAGCACGAUCACUGGCUUCCUCCUGCCCUUACUGGCCACCUGCUACUGCUACUGGAACUGCACCAAGGAACUCAGAAAGCACAACCUGCAAAGCGCCCAAAAGAAAAAGCUGUUCCAUCUGAUGUAUUCCGUCCUGAUCAUUUUCAGCCUGAUGUAUGUGCCCUAUCACCUCAUGAGAAACAUCUGCAUCAUCACCAGAGCCACCCGGAGCCAUCAGACCCAAAUGAUCUACAACCUGGACGCGGCCUUCUCAGUCGAGAUGGCCAUCUGCAGCUUAAACACCUGCAUUAAUCCUUUCUUUUAUUUUGUAACAAAUGGCAACGCCAAGAAUUCUCUGAGGAAAGCCCUUUCCGUUUGUUGCGGGGAGACCAAACAACAGGUCAGGCACAAAGUGGCUGCAAUCCACCCAGUCUAG